AUGGGACUCGUACGAUUUCCAGAGAACUAUGAGCUGCACAUCAAGAACAGGGUUUUACAAAAUAAAUUUGCCGAUAAUGAAACUAUUGCGGGAUCCACGAUUUUAAUUAAGAUGGAUGAAACGCACAAAAUAGUAGCAGCAUGGGCUAAGCAGACAUUGCUGGAGAAAUAUCUCAAGUUCCUUAAAAACAUUGCACUUGCAUGUUCAAUUGAUCAUGGGAUUCUUGCACCUGCAAUUAAGUACAACGCAAUCUACGGCUCCACUAAAAUUUUCGACAUGAUCACAUACGUACAGCCAAGCUCCAUGUUGUUCUUCAUGUUUAUGCUACCGAUGGGAACCGUUCUGCAAUUGGCGGAAGACAAAGUUACCGGCAUCGAGGACAGGGAGCAUGUUACAGGGAUAAAUAUGUGGCAUCAACUAAUCGCCUACAUUACUGCACAAAGUGUCAUGAUAUUCUUACAAAUGUCUAUAUUUCUUGGAACGCUGUGUGGCAUUUAUGGCAUGGCGAUUCAUGGGUCCCACAUCCAAGCGAUUGUGUUUGUAUAUUUGACCGCUUUGUCUGGACUAUUGAUUGGUUUCAUGAUUAGCAAGCUGUAUGCCCACGUGAUUGAAAUUCUCUUUGUUAUAUUAUUUUUCACCGUGUCACAAAUGGCUUCAUCGGGAAUGAUAUAUCCCCUGGAAAUACUGCCUUGGGCUGAACGAUAUGUCUUUCAAUCCUUCCCAGUAACGCUUAUGGUGGAUACAUUCAGAUCAAUUUGCACGAGGGGGUGGGACAUCACCCAAUUCAAUGUUGGCCGAGGUUUUCUGGCGUGUGCUUUCUGGAUAUUGUUAUCUUUAGUCGUUUCAACGUUAGCAGAACGCAGGAAGCGCAAAUCAUUAUAA